AUAGAACCUUUUGUUUGUAUACUUUGGUUUUCAAAGUUUUCUCCUUUAAUUUGAACGAAAUAAUGGUUUAUCUUUACGUUUCUACAAAUUCGACAAUUGAUUUCAAUGGCUGCACCAAACAGAAUUUGGAUGCUUUGUGAUGACGUUAAACUUUUAGACGGUAUAAUCCAGUUUGGAUUCGAUAACUGGAAUGACAUAUCGAAGUACACAGGUUGGGAUGCGAAAGAGUGCGAAGAUCGUUACAUCCAAAGGUUCAUCACAGAGCCCCAAAACGCAGAACUUCAGGAACUGGUCAAAGACUGGAAUGAAGAAAGGAAGUCUGACAGGCUUUGCCCCAACAACUGCUUCCUGUCUGUGCCGAACAAGGUCAACGCGUAUAACUACGCCAAACUGGUAAAAUUGGAAGACCACCUCAGUUUCCUUGCUCAAGAGGGUUGUAAAAAACCACCUCCGAUCCCUCACAGAAGGAGGUUUGUAAACAGUUAUCUCCCUCUGCCUGGGCACAAUCCGUAUCGGUCUGACUUCGAUGUUGAGUUCGAUGACAAGGCAGAGCAUAUUCUCAGCCUGCUUUACGAACCUGAAGAUCAAGACCCUGCUCCUGUCGAACCCGACAAGCAAGACAAGCAAUUAAUCGAUGAGAUGAAAAUCGCCUUAGCGAGCAUUUACAAUUUUAGGCUUAGUGAGAGGUUCAAACGCAAAAUAAUCAUCAGGAACCAUGCUCUUAUAGACAGAAGAAAGACAUACAAUGCGCUACAAAGGUUUGAGAUUUCAACUGUUGGUAAAAAUCUUUCAACUCUGCUUCAUCUUCAGAGGUUUAUUUCUGGUCCGGAAUUCGAUUACCUUUAUGAAAGCCUUUUGCAUCAGAAUGAGCUCAAAUUGCGUAUUCAGUCAUACAUCAACUACAGGGAACAAGGGAUCAGGUUUUUAAGCGGCAUAAAGACAUACGAUGCUUUGAAUAAAAAAAGAUCCAAGUAUAAAGCAGAGCUGAGGUAUAAUAGAAUCCAGCUCGACGAAUACGGGUUCAGACAGGUCAGAUGCGCCGCGCCGCUUGUACUUCACAACCUGCCAGGAUAUAAUCUGCUCGAAGAAGGUGAAAAAGAUUUAUGCUCUAAUGCGAGGAUAAUACCAGAGACUUUCUACAACUUCAAGCAGCUGCUAAUAUCGGAAUGUAAAAAGAACAAUGGGCUCAGGCUGGCCCAGGCAAGGCAAUUAAUAAAAAUUGAUGUCAAUAAAACAAGAAAAAUUUACGACCACCUCAUGUCUUCCAAAUUGAUCUGGCAGCCUAGAUGAUUUUGAUUUUAUUAAUACAUAUUUUAAUGUAAAUGAUAUAAACAUUUAUUUAUUUAACUGUAUUAAAAGUUUAUUUUUGAAAUAUAUUUGAAUUAGGGCUGUGCCUGAAGUUGUAAAUCUUAUUGACCCCAAUUAAAUAAAUUUCAUGUUGACAACAAAUACGUCCAAACACAUAUUAAAUACUUUAAUAUCGGUACAUUAAUUACAUAAUUACGUUUUUCAUGUUAAUAGGAAUCAACGAAAUAUUUGCUUUGUUAUUAAAUUGAUUCUUCUAUUUUUUACAAUUUAUGUUCCUCACUUUCCUUGCAUGCCUUGUUGGAAAUCAGAUUAUUUGUACGGCAUACAAUUUCACUACAAAAUAACAUUUUUUAUGACUUAAUUGGUAACAAUUAAAACAUGAAAAUUGUUUGAGCAGAGGUUUUAAUUUGCUAUUGACCCAUAUCAAUUACAUUAUCGAACAAAUUAAUAAAAUUUUAAGAGUUGAGCUGUUUUGUUAAUGAAUAGCAUUAUUUUGUUUUUACAAUUUUUUUUUUUUUUUAAUUUGUUGAUGGUCUUUCAUACUAAAACACAAAAACAUGCAAUAUUUUUUAUUUAGUUAGAAGUUUUUGUUUAAAUUUGUACAACCCAUGUUUCAAUGAUGUUUAUUUAAUAUUCUUAAAAUAUUUAAGUAACUUCUAAAUGCUCAAAAUAUUGACUAAAAAUGUUUUAGAAAUAUCAUUUACAAUAUUUAUUAAUAAUUAAACUUGUAUUUUUAUUUCUCUACCAUCCUUAUUGGGGUGACAUUGAUA